AUGAAGGGUGGUAUCGCUAAGCAAGUGGUUAAGUUGAACAAAUUGCUUAAUGCUAUUCUACUUACAGUCUUUGGUUUGUAUCGUUUCGGGUGUUUUCAAAGAAAAAGUUUACAGAGACAACGUCUUGCUGAUAAACGUUCCGUCGCACUCUUUUGUCUCCCUUUUUUAUGUAUAAGAAGAAUGACAUCAGUCGAGAUUUGA